UCCUUUCAAUUCUUCCUAGUCUCUUCUAUCUCACUUCCCAGUUUCGCCCCCUCCCCACGCGGGGUCUCUGCUCAUGCGAGUUUGUUGAGGUACCCAUCACGUUCCCCGCUUAUCAAUGGCCUCGGUUUCGCCACCAAAACCGUGGGAAAGAGCUGGUGCCACUGCUGGAUCUGUCGCAACAUCUUCACCCUCCACAGCUGGUUCAGCAACGAUGGUGGCCUCUUCGCCUGCCUCGGCCGCAACCACUAGCGCCGCUUCGACCACAACCUCCACAACCGCUUCCCCCGACCUACCGUCACGUCCUAACACUCUCAACGCCGUUGUGAACCGCACAGCCUCCAAUUACUCGCCAUAUGGAGCUUCUCGAUUAGGCACGAGUCCAUACGGUGGCUAUGGCGGCUACGGGGCCUACUCUUCUCCCUACUCUCGCUUCGGGACCAUGGGCUCGAUGUAUGGCGGCUAUGGAGGCUACGGCGGCAUGUACGGCGGCAUGGGAGGGAUGUACGGCGGUGGCAUGCCUGGCGAUCCGAACGACCCGAACAGCUUGACCAACUCCUUCAGUCAAAGCACGCAGGCGACUUUCCAUAUGAUUGAGAGCAUUGUCGGAGCUUUUGGUGGGUUCGCUCAGAUGCUGGAGAGUACCUAUAUGGCGACUCAUAGCUCGUUCUUCGCUAUGGUUUCCGUGGCGGAGCAGCUUGGAAACCUCCGCAAUACUCUGGGCUCUGCUUUGGGCAUUUUCACUUUGAUUCGCUGGUUCAGAACAUUGAUCGCCAAGAUCACCGGUCGUCCUCCACCGGCGGAUGCUACCGCCCUUACGCCGGCUGCCUUUGCGGCUUUCAUGAACGGUCGGGCCGCUGCGACGCUGCCUGAUGGCUCGCCCGCCCCGCCGAAGCCCUCGAAGAAGCCCUUCUUUAUGUUCCUCAUCGCCGUCUUUGGUCUUCCGUAUCUGAUGGGCAAGCUCAUCAACGCGCUCGCACGUUCACAGGAGGAACAGCGUCGCCAGAUGAUGAUCGGCCCGAAUGGCGAGCCCACGCAGCAGGCACCGCUGGACCCGUCUAAGCUCGACUUCUGCCGCGUGCUAUAUGAUUACACUCCGGAGUCCCAGGAAAGCUCCGGCAUCGACUUGGCUGUCAAGAAGGGCGAUAUAGUCGCUGUGCUGAGCAAGUCAGACCCGAUGGGUAAUGCCUCAGAAUGGUGGCGAUGCCGUGCCCGCGAUGGUCGAGUCGGAUACCUCCCUGGCCCGUACCUGGAAACAAUCCAGCGUCGUCCUCAGCAGCAAGCGAUUACCUCGGGCAAUGAGGCCAACAGCCGCAGUAACUCGCUGCAAGCUCAUUUGAAUGACGAACCGGUGGGAGCGGCCGUCAAGCCCGAGCUGAAGGGCAAGAUGGGCGAUAUCUCGCCGGAGAGCUUUCAGAAGAGCGCCUUCUACACCUGAUUAGCCUGACAUCAUGCUUGUCGCAUCAUCUUUUUCAUCCACCCGCCCACUUGCAUAAAGCUCGGUGUGGAAGUGAUGGCCAGGCCCGAAGACUCAUCUGUGGUGAUUAUGUGAUGCCAUGAGUCGGGCUAUUGGGCUAUUGACGACACUUUUUUUUUCUAGUGCAGCUGUUUGUUGUUCUACGGACUUUUGAUAGCGUUGGGUACUCGGUCCAUGGAUUCUACUUUUCGUGUAUUGCGUGGUUGCUUUCAUCAUGUGUAUAAUUCCUAUCUUAGUUGUUUUAGCGAUAAGGAAGAGCCGCAGUCGCCUAUGUGUGCUCUUCCGCUGUGGGUGUUCAUACAGGCGCAAAGGAAGAAUCAAAAUGCUACUUCACGAGUCUUCAUAAUUCAAUCAAU